AAACCGCUGCGAGCUAGGCCGCGUCGUGUGCCGUUCGUCCACCCUUACCCCCCCUCCCCCGUCCUACCUGCGGCGUGUUUACGAGCAACGGAGAAGAUGUCGUCCAUCAAGAGCGGAAAGAGCGGGCAAGACAGCGCCAGCCCCGACUUGGAGAAGCAGGCGGGUGUGCAGGAGGUCGAGGGCGUCGAUGAGAGGAUAGACAACCUCAACACACUCGACGCCUCACCCACCUCCGUUGACCCGACUUCCUUCUGGGGCCGCACCCUUGCGCUCAGCGCCACGCUUGAGCGCAAAGUCGGCAUCGAGGCCCGCGGAAUACAACGGGUGCCGGAAGAUCAGCGGUUUGGCGGCCCGAGUGCGAAUUUCUUUAUAUGGAUAGCGGCAAAUACCGUGUUGUCAACAUUCGGCAUCGGAGUCCUGGGCCCCGCGAUAUUCUUCCUCGGACUCGGCGACAGCAUGCUCGCCAUCUUCUUCACUAAUGUCUUUACCGCCAUCCUCCCCGCGUACAUGGCCACUUUCGGCCCGAAACUCGGCCUUCGCCAGAUGACCUCAGCGCGGUACUCGUGGGGCUGGCACGGUGCUAAAAUUGUCGCAUUGCUGAACUGCAUUGCCUGUGUUGGCUGGAGUGCCAUAAACUCCAUCGCUGGCGCGCAGACGCUGCGUGUCGUUGCCGAUGAGACGAUCUCUGACGCUGCGGGCGUAGUCAUCAUCGCUAUAAUUACCCUCGCGCUCGGCAUGCUCGGCUAUAAAUACGUCCACAUCUACGAAAAGUGGUCCUGGAUACCCACCGCCAUCACCUUCUUCAUCGUCCUGGGAUGCUCCGCGAAGUACCUCGUGAACGUGCCCAUGGGAACCGGCCAGGCCGAGGCCUCCAACGUGCUGUCCUUCAUGGGUGUCAUAUUCGGGUUCUGUAUCGGGUGGGUCUCCCUGGCCAGCGACUACAACGUCUACCAGCCCGCCGAGACACCGGCCUGGAAGACCUUCGCAUGGACAUACGCCGGCCUCAUCUUCCCUCUAGUCCUUCUAGAAUGGCUCGGGGCGGCAAUCGCCUGUGUUGCAACGGGAAAAGCGCCGUCAAACGACGUCUGGGCGACGGCUUACACUAACAAUGAGCUUGGUGGCCUACUCGGGGCAGUACUCGUCCCCGUCGUGGGCAAGUUUGGCAAGUUCUGCAUGGUAUUACUAGUUCUCAGCGUGGUCGCAAACAACAUCAUCAACGUCUACUCGAUGGGCAUGUCCAUCUCCGUCAUCGGCGUCUGGCUCGCCAAGAUCCCGCGCCUCAUCUGGCCCGUCGUCAUCACCGCGAUCUACAUUCCGAUCGCCAUCGCCGGCGCGGACUCGUUCUCGACCUCGCUCGAGGACUUCAUGAACGUGCUCGGGUACUGGCUCUCGAUUUUUGUGACCGUCGUCCUCCUCGAGCACUUCCUCUUCCGGCGCGGGGCGUACGCGUCGUAUGACGUCGCGCACACGUGGAACCGGCAGGACCGCACGCCCGUCGGGAUCGCCGCCGGCGCUGCGUUCCUCUUCGGCGCGCUCGGCACGGCGAUGGGCAUGGCGCAGGUGUGGUAUAUCGGCAAGAUCGGCGCGCUCGUCGGCGGGGCGGCGAAUCCGUUCGGCGGGGACAUCGGGUUCGAGCUCGCGGCGGCGUUUGCGGGGGUUGUUUUCGUUCCAGCACGAUAUCUUGAGUUGAAGUAUAUUGGGAGAUGA